AUGGUGAUUCAGAGGAUCGAGUCACCUUUGAAGAAGAUAAUCACAGCCCAACCCAAUUCCCCACUAAGCUAUCCUAUCCAUGGAGUUGAAGUAUUGCCAUUACAGUCCAUUGUCAUUCCAGGUUUGGGUGUGUUUACAUUUGGUAGACGGAACUAUUCGGUGAAACUAACAGCUACACAAGGAAUAUUUAACACAAUUGCUGAGGUCCCCAAUGGUGUGUUGAAAGGAUUAGGUGAAAAAGAGUUAAUAUUAAAAAGCCCAAACUUGGAAUUCAUUAAUGCUGUGCUUAAAUAUAUUACUUACACAAGCACAAAAUACCACAUCAAUACAGUUGAUAUAGUGUCUUUUCAGUUUGAAGAACAUGUUGCUGAAUUCCCGAUUAUUAUUAGGCAGCCCCCAGUGCCACGGUUGUUUGAUCCUGGACCAGGUAAACUUGGUUUUAAUUUGGAUAAUGACAUCAAUUCCUUGGUAACCAUUACAACAAAGACAUUUUUAAGAUAUCAUAAGCUUCGAAUCUUGAUAGACAGCAUUCGGAACUUUUAUCCAAACAUGACGAUAAUCAUUGCAGACGACAGUGAAGUUCCUGAAAAAAUUGAAGGACCCCACAUUGAACAGUACAUCAUGCCAUUCGCAAAAGGAUGGUUUGCUGGAAGAAACUUGGCAGCUUCUCAGGUCACAACUAAAUACCUUCUUUGGGUGGAUGAAGAUUUUUUAUUCACAAAACAGACAAAAGUGGAAAAGUUGUUGGAAGUAUUAGAAAACACAAACUUGGACGUGGUUGGUGGCUCAGUAAACGGUAAUCGUUUCCACUUUAGGCUGUGGUAUGAAUAUGGAAAUCCUGAUGAUGGAGAAUGCUUGUUCUCAAAGGCUGGGGGCUUUCAUCCCUUGAAUGGGUUUCCAAACUGUGUGAUAACCAGUGGUGUGGUCAAUUUCUUUCUGGCCAGGACAUCCAAGAUAUUGAAUGUUGGAUUUGACCCUCGAUUAGCCAGGGUAGCUCAUUCAGAGUUUUUCAUUGACGGACUCGGCAGACUGCUCGUGGGAUCAUGUAAUGAUGUCAUUGUUGGACAUCAGAUGCGCCAGAGUCCAAAAAAUGACACACAGAAAGCAGUUGAACAAAAAUAUGCAAGGUUUCGACGGCCCUCUAGGCAUGACGCAGAUUUCAAACUUGCAUUGCAUUAUUUCAAAAACCAUUUAAAAUGUUACACCAAGAUUUAAUGGGUAAGAUUGUACAUUUCUAUUCCUG